AUGGUGGCCAUGGAGCCUGACAACCUUGAAGACGAGCUGCCGUACAGCCAACGCGAGUCCUGGAAGGACGUUGUUCCAGUUCCACAAGAGGACGGACCACAUCCGCUUGCGGUCAUCAAAUACCCGUUCGGCUUUGAGGAGGUGCACAGUUAUUUUCGCGCCAUCCAGCGGCGAAACGAAACCAGCGUAAGGGCGCUGCAUUUAACAGCAGAUGUCAUUGAACACAACUCGGCCAACUACACUGCCUGGUACUACCGCCGCCGAUGCUUGAAAGAGUUGGGCAUCGACCUGGAAGAAGAGCGGAUAUUCACUGACAAGUGGGCACGGGAUUGCCCGAAGAAUUAUCAGGUGUGGUACCACAGGCGCUGGCUCGUGACCGAGAUGGCCACGCGUGCGCGCUCUCGUGCCCCUGGGCCUGAAGCUGAGGAAGACAUCCAGGAAUUGGCUAAGACCGAGCUGGAUUAUCAUUUGGAGUGCAUGCGUGUGAACAGCGAUUAUAAGAAUUACAACGGCUGGUCCCACCGACAGUUCAUCCUGCAACAGUUCAGCUUGUGGCAUCAAGAGCUGCCGUUUGUGGAGCAGUUGUUGGAAGAAGAUAUUCGAAACAAUUCUGCUUGGAAUCACAGGUACACCGUUGUUCGGCAUCAGAAUUGGCCCCUAACCGACACCAUCCGCGAGCGUGAGCUGAACUUUGCCAUGCAAGCGAUACGCAAAUGUGCAAGCAACGAAUGUGCUUGGAACUACUUGUCCGCUUUCUUGGGCGAGGGUGAUGGCAAGGUUUCUUGGACAUCAGCGCCCGCGGUUGAAGCGUUGUGUCGUGAGGUGACGGCUGUUGCCGCGCAAGAGGGAACAUCUUGUUGCUUCGCCAUCCAAGCCCUUGCCAACAUCUUUGAGGAUGGCGCCCGCAAACGUUUUUCUGCAUCCGAGUCAGUUCAGGGUGAAGUGAGCCAGGCAAAAGGAGAUGUCCAAGCAGCCCUUCAGCAGUUCGAGCAGCUCACGGAAGUUGACAGAAUACGUGCGAAGUACUGGCAAUGGUUGGUAUUGGUUGGAAUUGAGGAUCCUGUUCUUAGCUGUAGGCUGCUUGUGACAAUCGACACCAUGGAACCUCUUCUUAAAUGGCCAGGUCGGGGGCAUCGCCUUGGGAGCAUCUCGUGGGGCCCAUCCAACGAUGCUCGGGCUUGUGUAGCAUGUUGCAAGUUUGUACUGUCGAGAACACCUCUGGCCUUUGGCUCUUUCGCAGGCACCCACUCAGGGCGAUCGCUUCAUCAGGCCACAUAUGGGCAGAUCCGUCCUUCAGUCAGCUUUGUGAGUGAAGCCCGCGUGAUCCGACCGGUCAAGGAAUGCAACUCAAUGGACAUGUCGAUCUUGCCGCAUCCCCUCAUGGACCCAAAGGGAGAUCCUCGAGAAGGGACCUUCGAGAUCCCACCUCCACCCAAAGAAGUCGAUGACUCCUUUAUCAAGAUGUAUCAAAACCACAGCUUGAUGCUUCCAUCCGAGCGAUACAAGGAGCAUCUCCUGAUGAAAGCAGGGGAGCAGAAGUGGCGAGAGGAGAGGGACGCAGUUUUCCGAUACCGCAAGCGCAUGACGGUGCUGGAGCGCAAGCAUCCAGAGGGAAUUCUUGGAGUGGAUGGGCCUACGCACCCAGACACCAUUCUGUACAAAGAGCGUUAUCAGCACUUGGCAGCGCAGGCUGAACGCAAGGCGAACAUUGCCGAAAAUCGGUUUGGCAACUUGCAUGACAAAACGUACUCAGACGACGCUGUGGCAAUGCGUAAUUAUGGUACAGAUCCCGGGCUGGAGCGUUCCAAGGACAUUUGUAUUCAACGGAAAUGCGUUGAUCCAGAGCAGCACCCAUUCCGAUUCCUAGACACGCAUGCUCGCCUCUUUCCAAAAUUCUCCCCGACUUGGGACCCAGAGCGAGCUGCAGCUCUUCGAAGUCAUGAUGUGAGAGACAGGACUCAUAACAUCAUCAAUGGUGCACAGAACGCCCUUUCCUACGAGGUUGCCUUACCGUGGGAGGAGGUCCAGCAGCAAGCCAUACAGCGCAGGGUGGCUGAAGCCGCCAAGACUGCGACUCGAAGCAUGAGCAGCCAUGAGAUCUGA